UUUAGAUUUUCUGGCUCCAAUUACACAGGGUAUUCUGGUUUUUAGUUGUCUUACCAAUAUGGUCCAGUGUGGCACACAUUUUAAGGUUCAACUACCUGAAAGGCUUGCACACUGGCUGGUCUCCAGGCUAAUGUAGAGUCCCAAAAUAGACAACUGAGCCUCCUAAUUGUGUAUUCAUGAAAGCAAACGUAAUGUGAUAUACUGAUCACAUAAAAGGGAACAGGGCAGUACAGCACCUAAGAUUAAGGGUGAUCACUGACUGUAUUGCAAUAAACAAAAUCACAAACACUCCCUUCAAUUGCACAUUUCCUUCCUUUAGGGCAAAGAGUGAGUGCAUGCAUAAUAAUAUGGCGCCUGCGACUUUGUCUUUUGCAAUCAACAGCACAUAAAAUCAAAUAGCAGUCAAACUGGUUUGAAGUGGGUAUCGGCCAGCAUGAGGAGAAGACUCACUCAGUCACACAACUACCCUAAGCUGUGUAAAUAAAAGAGCUGCUUCCGUCCUCAGAAGCUAGCGAGUGGCUCACAGUGCAAUGUCGGGUUCAGCUUCCUCCCCUCCCCCUCGUCUGCAGUGCUGACGCAUCUGCCGCUUUUGCAUCAAUCAGCAGCCUCCAUAUAGGGGGAAAAGAGAGUCCCCACUGAUAGCAGGACUCUCUUUCCCUUCACAGCCUUGCAUUCAGUUUGCACACUCACUGCAAUUGUGGGGAAAAAGGCAUCGAUAAACAUCUGCCCUGUGAAACUGCUGUGAUACACCAUUGGACAGUAGUCACUGCUAUCUUCUCUCGGGUUCUGCAUUACCUAACCACAGAGACUGCGUAAGCGUUGACGAAAUGCUUUGGUAUAAUAUGCUGCUGCACAGACAGCCUGUGUGCUUAAGCAUUGAACAGAUGGUGUAGCUUUUUUGCAAUCAAGGUGCAUGUUGUUUCUAUGAGAGAUACAGAUAAUUAUGUCUCAUGCAAAAGACAAUUCCUUUUGGUCAACAUCAAUGCAUCAGGCUGGUGUGGUGCUGGGGAUGUUUAAUACGGCAUUUGUUGCACUCCUCACUCUACGCUUCUAACGGCAAUGCAGCUGAGCGCUUUCUCUGGCUGUAGCAUCGAGUACAGAGCUGGUGUGUGAUGUAGCACCCAGCAUCUCUCCGCUUUUCCUACAGCCCUCAGCUUUGCUUAAUAAAAGUUGCCGUUUCCUGCUCAGUGGCUAUAGAACGAAUGCUUCAGUUGCCCAGCUAGCACAGAGGCAGACCCAUAUCCAUCCGGUUUCGCUACAUGCUGUAUAACUGUGAGUAACUGUGAAUUAUUCCUAUAACUAUAGUAGGACAGAAGAGGGACAGUCAGUGGAGGGCAGGGCAGAUCUAGCCCAGGACCUGGGCUGCAUGGACAGAGGCGAAGGACGUUGGAGCUGGAGUCAUCUGCACACAGAGAGGGAGGGAGAGGAAGAAAGACGUCAGAAAAAGCUCUGCUUCUGACAACACCACUGUUCAGCGACCAUCGUAGAAAAAAAAUACUUUCGCCUUGCUCUCACGAAACUGUUUUUUAUGUAUGGUUGGGUAUAUUGAGGGCUGUAGAGAAGGGAUACUGCACGACAUUGUUUCCUGUUCGCUCUGCAUCAUUUUCUCUGAUUUACUAAGAUGACUGUGGUGUCUCCAUGCACUCAGAACCUGAUGGAUAGUGCUCAUCCUCACACUGUGCUGAGCAAACUCAAUGAGCAGCGUUCACAAGGCCUUUUCUGUGAUGUUACCAUUGUGGUGGAGGAUGUUAAGUUUCGAGCCCACAAGAACAUCCUGGCAGCCUGCAGCGGGUACUUCAGGAAUGCUCUGACAACGACUGACACAUGGAGCUCUAGCCAAGUGCUAGAACUGAUGGACUUGAAGUCUGAGGUGUUCGCUAGUAUCCUUAACUUUAUCUACUGCUCAAAGGUAACAUCACCUGGUGCAGAGGACACAGGGGGGCUAGUGGCAGCUGGAAAAAGACUUGGAAUUCCAUUUUUAGAGAAGCUUGCAGAACAAGACAGGCAGGAUGAAUGUGUUAAAUCCACAGACCCCAGCACAGCCCCAUUGUCUAAAAAAACAAAGAAGGAAGCUCCCAAGCCUGAAGAGAUUGAUGGUGCCAAAGGGCCACGCAUCACCAAUGCCUUUUCUAUCACUGAAGUCUGUCCUGGGAACAAUCUUUUUACCCCUCUGGUUCAAACCAAUGGAGAGAGGCAGUCACCAGAUGUGGGACAGCUCCCAUCAAGCUGCCCCACAUCCUCCUGCCUCAGUGGGAACAAUGAGACGACCCAAGCUCUUUCAGAGCACUCAUAUGCAGUGAGCAACUCUAAUGAAGGCAAAGACAGCAGUGAAUGGGACAACAAGCGGGUCUGUAAGCCAGCAAUGUCACAGCCAAAGCAACCCAAUUACAGGAACGCAGGCCCACUUAAAAAGCGCCACAGGCUGAGAGGCAUUUUGGCUAAAAGUAUACUUCCAACACCAGCUGAACCUCAGACAGAUGCACCAAAUGCAAUAACCCCCAUAUUACCUGAUAGUGUUUCUACAGCACCUGCUGCUGUCAUGACACCACCGCCACUAUUUUCAGAGGCAGACACAGAAAGAGUUACAGACCCAGGGCAACCUAUAGCCUCUGACAAUGUUCAAAUGGAGUUAGGUCCACCAACCCUUUCCCCUCACACAGAGGACAGCAUUUCAAUCUAUGGAUGUGACCACUGUCCAGAGAUAUUCACAAAUAAAGCUCUUCUCACCAUUCACUCAGAAGUACACAAAAAGCGUUUUGUCAGUCAUUUGUUUUGCAAGUUUUGUGACAGAAAGUUCAUACAUCUCAAACGGCUGCGCAACCACGAGCAGAUCUGUCCCAGGGCUGCAAGAGGCCCACCUGAACUAGAUGCUACUGACAUAUCAACCAAAGAAGUGGACCUCCAUUCAGAUGGCUUGCCGAACAUGGAGAGCAUCAUAACACAGCUUCCUUCUCCUGACCUCUCCAAUGCUUACAACCCAGAGUCCUUUCAAGUGGACCAAUCAGAGCUUCCACAGAAUGAGAGAAGGCCAGUGAGGCCAGGUGGCAGUCAGAGGAGAUACAACUGCAGUGUGUGUAAACGGGUCUAUGUCACCCUAUCCAGUCUGAAGCGGCAUGAGAAUGUGCAUUCCUGGCAGAGGGCCUAUCCCUGUCAUUACUGUAAUAAAGUGUUUGCCUUAGCAGAAUACCGUACUAAGCAUGAAAUCUGGCACACAGGUGAACGCCGCUAUCAGUGCAUUUUCUGUCUGGAGACAUUCAUAACAUAUUAUAUCUUAAAGAACCAUCAAAAAUCUUUUCACGGCAUUGAUCCCAGACUAGCUGUUAAGAAAAAAUCUGCCAAUGGCGGGCUGAAAGCCAGCGUUUACCCAAUCAAACUCUACAGGCUUCUGCCCAUGAAGUUCAGAAAGAGACAAUACAAGACAUAUAGUCAGACAUACUCAGAGAGUGUUGAAAGAGGUGACCAAGCUCCACCAGAGAGCAACUCACUUAUCCCUCCGUUUGAAGACAAUGGUCUCAUCAGCCACCCUGAUACUGGUCCAUUCCCUCUGACCUUUAUGGCAACAACAAAGAUGGUGGCACCUAUCAUGCCUCGCAUCAGCUUCGACAAGCCAUGUGACCAAAAUGUUGACCAAAGUCUGAACAGUGAACUGGGCAGUCAAAGAGGCACAAGAAUAGAGAAUGAGAAUGGAGAUUCACCCUUCAUUAACUAUGACAGUACCUUCCCUUUGCGACCUGAUACAGACUCUUCAGCAGCAGGUUACAACAAUGAUCCUCCAGUACUAAGUAACUCCGAGCACAUUAGCCAUAAUGUGCCAUUCUUGAACUCUCUGAACACUUUUAAAAAGUUAGGUGAGCUAUCAGCUUCUGCAAAAAGAGUUGAGGAUAUGACCAAGGAGAUACUUCAGUCAAGCAAUGAGAAUACGGUACGUGAUAAGAUAGUGGGAGCAAAGACAGAAACCUAUAUUGCCAAACCUGCAUGUCCAGGUCCCUCUGUGGAUGGUGCUGCCAUGCCACUCUGUCAAAUAACAGUGAAAAUAGGCAAUGAAGCCAUUAUCCGCCGGCAAAUCAAAGGAUCUAAGCUCUUCCCUAGAAAAAAAAGGAGAAUCAGAGAACUGAGUGAAGAGGAGAGCCCAAGUCAGUGUCCUCCAACGAGGGAAAACUCAGAAAGCCCCAGACUCCGCCUCAGACCAGAAGUCACUGCUGCCACAGAGCCAGAGACAUACGAUGACCCCAAUGACUGUGACACGGCUGAUAUGCUUUGGCGUCCCUACUAUUCUUACAAAGCUAAAAAGAAGAGGAAGAAGUUGAGAUUCAAGCACAGAAAAGCUAUGUUUCACCGUUAUCCAGAAACAUCUGUAGACAAAUCUGCUGCCAGUGAGGUCCACCUUGAUAAAAGCAGUUGGCUGACAGACGAGAGCAUCUCAGGUGGUAGUGGAGAAGUAAAACGUAGUCUUAGCAAGAAUUCCAGCCCAAGAGCCACCUACAACUGUGACAUCUGUGACAGCUCUUUCAUCACAGAGACCGGUCUGAGAGCGCAUGUCAUUGGUUCUCACCCAUGUUUCUGCCGGACCUGUGGUAAACAAGGUCCUCCUGGAGAGGCACCUGCUGGUGGUGAUUACAUCUGCAAAAGCUGUAUGGAAAACGGCUCUUGCUUUGAUAAUACACCUCGGAGCCCCAACCCAGAGAAGAAGUAUCGAUGCUCUUUCUGUCCCCAGCGUUUUCUGUAUCUCGCCACCAAGAAAAGCCAUGAGAAAAAACACCAGAAGACAAAUGAGGAAGGAUAUAAUUAUGACAACUUCACACCAUGUUCUAAAUACUCAGGAUACCUGAGUGAAGACAAUAAACAAGACACAAUCAAAACAGAAGACAGUGACAAUCAAGGGAGGACUGACAUAAAAAGUGAAAGGCUGGAAGGAGAACAUUUUUCAAUUGACAAAAUUAAACCCAAAAUUGAGGAUACAACUGACUUCACAUCUUUGACUACUUACCAAGACAUGUCAUAUUCUAACAAUAAAAGCCCAUUAUCAUCCUGCAUUGACCCAUUGCUUCGCCUGACAACCUCAAAAGUGAAACAUAAAACGCCGAAAAAAAGGAUCAGUGCUCAGUAUUCUAUGCAUCUCAUCCACAAAAAACAGGCCCAUGACAGAGACAGCGACGGUAACAAGGAUAUUUUGGUGGGGCCAAGAACAACCAGUCAACAUGACCGUGAGAAAUCCAGCAAACUGUUUAGGAGAAAUGACUCUGAAACUAAAGGUACCCACAUUUAUAUACACAAGCCAGAGAAAUGGAUGUGCAAAGAGGAGCCAUUUUAUAAAAAUCUUUGAGGACUGUGGCCAACAAUAGGAGAAAAAAAGUGAAACUUCAAACCACUUCUUUGGUUAAGAAAUGUAUGAACUGUAAUGUUGUCCAAAGUCAAUAAAAUAUUUUGAAUGGACAACACUAAAAAUGAGGAUAUUGUAUGUAUGGCUGCAAUUUCAUCCCUCUUCCACAAGUGUGUGAUUUUGACCUUUGUAGAUUAUAUUUUUUGGACUUUAUGACACAGACUGUACUUUGUCCACUGUCUAUGCAUAUAUGGCAGAAUCAGUGACUUAUAACCUCAAGAAAAUACAUGAAUGUUGAUAACAUUUAUUUAAAUGGCGCACAAUUUUCAGAAUAAGGGUAGGAUGUGUUCUUGCAAAGCUGCCUAAUGUGGUUACAUUUUUAAUUUUUAAAAUAUGUCUGGAGGAAACAAUAAUAAUUUUAAUAUUGACAUUCAGUUAACUGGCCAUGGUGAGUUGCACUUUAUAGUUACUAUGCUAAUCUGUUGGUUAAAUACCUUGAUAAUUAUAUUUCAAUUUUAAGCACCACUGGUGUAAUUCUUAUUUAUAAUUAACAUAUGGCACCAUUGAGAUUAAUGUUACUACUUUUGUGUGUUUAUGUAUUAAACAUGAAAAACUAUUUCAAUAAAUGUUGUUGAUAU